CUCGAUUGUUCUUGUCUACUUCUUCCUCUGCUGAGAGGCAAGAGCGAGACUCUCUUCCCUAAUAGUUACAGCUUUUCUUUAAUAAUCCGUACACAACGCCAAACCGAUGGAUGUUUUUACCGACUGCUGUGUCUUCCGAUCUGAACAACGGUGCUCCUGACCUCUAGCAACUCCAGUAAAGUGGCAGCAGUUCAACUGAAGGGAGGAGAAGAAGAGGGAUUCUGAAAGUUAGACAAUCUCAGCUUGACUCAUGCUGUUGAAGGUAAAAUCAACUGUAUUUGUGAAAAGACAGGUAGCACUGGAUUAUAAACAGGUCUUGCAUUUCUCCUCAAACUCCUCACCGUAGUGAAGCAGUUUGGAUGCAGGUUCUGUGCUGGCUGCUGUGCCUCGGCCUGACUGAGGCACUCGCUGUGCUGCCAAAGGAGCAGGUGGCCCGGCAUGCCAUCAAGCUCUAUCGGAGCAAAGCGCAGACACAGGGCCACAGGUGGGUGACCAACAACUGCAAGCGGCUGGUGGGUUUGCUACAGCAGAAGAAUGUGGCCAUCAACAAGCUGGCAGCCGCUGCGGCGGCUGUUGGGAAAGACCAAAGCCUUUCAGAGCCAGAGAAGCACUUCCAGGUUCACACUCUGGAGGUUUUUCAGAAGGAGCUGAACGAGAGCGAGCACCUGGUGUUCCAGGCGCUGCACGGCCUGCAGAGGGUGCUGCAGGGAGACUACAGGGAUGUGGUCAAUAUGAAGGAGAGCAGCAGACAGAGGCUGGAGGCCCUCAGAGAGGCAGCCAUAAAGGAAGAACAGGAGUACAUGGAGCUGGUGGCUGCAGAGAAGCAUCAGCAAGAAGCUCUUAAGAGCGCUUUGGCCCAGAACAAGACUCUGUCCAUCUUGGAGGAGAUUUUGGAGGACGUCAGGAAGGCAGCAGACCGCCUAGAGGAGGAGAUCGAAGAGCAUGCCUUUGACAACAACAAACAGAUGAAGGGAGUGAAUGUCGAAGCAGUGCUAAGAGUGGAAGAGGACGAGGACAAAGGAGGGAAAGCGAAGAACAAAUCCACACAGAAAGAGGUGGAGGAUGACUUGGGGCUCAGCAUGCUCAUCGACUCUCAGAAUAACCAGUAUGUUCUGACGAAACCACGAGACUCCACGAUGCCCAGAGCUGACCAUCACUUCAUCAAGGACCUGGUUUCAGUGGUGAUGCUCUCUCUGCCUUGUGGUUGGAUUUGCACCCUGGUGGGUCUUCCGCCUAUGUUUGGAUACAUCAUCUGUGGGGUCCUGCUCGGCCCUUCUGGACUCAACAGCAUCAAGUCUAUAGUUCAGGUGGAGACUCUGGGGGAGUUGGGUGUGUUCUUUACUCUCUUUGUGGUGGGACUGGAGUUUUCACCUGAGCGCCUUCGAAAGGUAUGGAAGACCUCAGUUCAGGGGUCAUGCUACCUGAGCCUGCUGAUGGUGGCGGCCGGGUUGUUAUGGGGUCAGCUUCUCCAUAUUCGCCCCACCCAGACGGUCUUCGUCUCCACCUGUCUGUCCCUGUCCAGCACUCCACUGGUGUCACGAUUCCUGGCAGGAGGAAGCAGAGUGGAAAGAGAAGGUGACCUGGACUACAGCAGCGUUCUCCUCGGGAUGUUGGUGAUGCAGGAUGUCCAGCUUGGCCUCUUCAUUGCUGUCAUGCCCACUCUGAUCCAGGCACAGAGCGGGGACUUGGACAGCUUUCUGCUUGGAGGUCUGCGAGUGCUGGAGCUCCUGACUCGGGUCCUGGUGUCGCUGGCUGCUGUUUUUUUGCUUUGUUUGGUGCUCAAAUUCUUCCUGAUUGGUCCGUAUUACAAGAAACUUCACGCUGAGAGCAAAGGCAACAAGGAGAUCCUGGUACUGGGGAUGACGGCGUUUGUCUUCUUCAUGCUGACGGUUACAGAGUUUCUGGAUGUUUCCAUGGAGUUGGGCUGCUUCUUGGCGGGAGCUUUGCUGUCAUCGCAAGGUCACAUGGUCACAGCCGAGGUCAUGGCGAGCAUCGAGCCAAUCAGAGACUUUCUCGCCAUCAUCUUCUUUGCCUCUAUUGGUCUUCACGUGUUCCCUACAUUUGUGUUGUAUGAGCUCACCAUCUUGCUGGUGCUGACUCUCACACUCGUCAUCAUGAAGUUUGUCAUGGCUGUGCUGGUGCUCUCCAUCAUCUUGCCUCCGAGUUCCCGACACAUCCGGUGGAUCGUCUCAGCUGGUCUGGCUCAGGUCAGCGAGUUCUCCUUUGUCCUGGGGAGCCGCGCACGUCGAGCCGGGAUCAUCUCCAGAGAGGUGUACCUGCUGGUCCUCAGCGUCACCACCCUCAGCUUGCUGCUGGCUCCGCUGCUGUGGAGAAUCACGACACACAAAUGGGUUCCUCGCACCCAACGCAAAACGGUCACGUGACCACACCGAUAUCAGGGCUCAAAAAAAAAAAAAAAAUCCUCUGUGACUUACUAGAGCUGGUUGCAAUAUCACAUGAAGUCUUUUUUUUUUUUUAAAGCUGGAUUUAAUCUGCUUCAAAUCCAUUUUUCUGAUCCAACACUACUGCUGAUUGUAAUGGUUAAUACAAGGCAGACAUUCUUACAAUAUUUUCACUGGAAGAUUUUUUUAUUACUUUGACUGUUAUUCAUGUCUCUACAGUACGUUCACUAUUGCAUUUUAUGAUGCCGAGCUCAAAAUUGUCUCAUUUUGCACAUUAACUCUGAAAAUCCACGGACCAAAUCUUAACAGUUCUUCAUAUAAAUGUUUUCUUAUUUAUAGUUUUUCUUUAUAGAUGCUAUGCUUGUAAUUUCUCUGUUGUGAUUUGAGGCAUCAGUGAUCACAGACCCUGCCUCAGGCUGAAGUCAAAGAUCUCUGCUGAUUAACGUUAAUGGUACUUUGGUUUAAUAUCAUCCUUUUCUUACUGAGAGUUUCAGGAAAACUGACUAAAUCUGCCCAGAAAUCUUGAUUUUUGGGUACACUAGACUGCACUAAUAACAGCAGAGACAACGAAAAUGUUUCAGUAGAAUUACAUUUGAUAAUUUAUUAUUCACUGGUGUUAUCUGAAGAAAACAAUGCCAGCACUCGUCCUCUGAAUGUCAAAAAUGAUGUGCCUGCUUUGCCCUGUUCCACCCGGCACUGAAAGGAAGAGCUGUUACCCUGAAAUGUAAAUGUAUAAAAACAUGUGCAAUGUUAAUAUGUAUCACCAUCCGACAUUACUGUUUAUAUUUAUUAGUUUCAUAUAUUCCACUUGUUUGAAGGGUUGUUUUAAUUUAAGUUUGUAUUUUAUUUCUGCUGUCAUUACCUUCUUUAUUCCGACCGUCAUUUGUGUUGAACUUACUUGGAUUUAUAUAUCUUCAGUAAAAAAAAGAUGACAAACA